CCAAUCGCGGUGUAGGAAGGUCUGGCUCGGGCCUCAGGGUGUCUGGCGUGCUGCAGGCGGGCUCUGGGCGCUGCGGCUUCGGGAUGUGGCAGCAGGUGGUCCGCGGUGUGUCGGCGGGGAUCGUGGCAUGGUUCCGCUGCCGCCUGCCUCCUGUGUGCCACUACGGGAGGGCACAGCAGCGCUAUGGAGAACGGAGCGCCAGGGCUCUUAUCCGGGGCCUGCGCUACAGGAGCAGGCCGGGGCGGACGGGCCGGCUGCUGGCUGCGCUCACAGGGGCCUUUCUAUGGGAAGAGGAGCGUGUGCGGGAGGAAGAGAUCCUCAGUCCGGCUGAGGAGAUGAAACGCGUGCAGCUUGCCUGUCGUGUAUCUCAGGGGAAGACUCCAGGAUUUGACAGCGGUGAAGAAGGCUGGGAGCUGGUGGUGGAUAGAAAGCACUUUCGGUUGUGGAGGCGACCCAUCGAGGGGACUCACCUGUAUUGGUACCGAGUGUUUGGCUCCUACAAGGAUGUCACUCCUCGUCAGUUCUUUAACGUCCAGCUGGACACAGAGUACCGGAAGAAGUGGGACGCACUGGUCAUUAAACUGGAAGUGAUUGAGAGAGACGUGGUCUCUGGAUCCGAAGUGAUUCACUGGGUCACUCAUUUCCCUUAUCCAAUGUAUUCCCGGGAUUAUGUUUACGUCCGAAAGUAUCACGUUGACCAGGAGAACAACCUCAUGGUUCUGGUGUCUCGGGCGGUGGAACAUCCUGAGGUGCCCGAAUCUCCUAACUAUGUACGAGUACGGAACUACCAGUCCCAGAUGGUGAUCAGGCCACACUCGUCCUUUGAUGAGAACGGCUUUGAUUACAUGCUGACCUACAGUGACAACCCGCAGACCGCGUUUCCUCGCUACUGUGUGAAUUGGAUGGUGUCCAGCGGGAUGCCAGAUUUCCUAGAGAAGCUACACCUAGCAACACUCCGUGCCAGAAACAUGGAGAUCAAAGUGAGGGAUUACAUAUCCUCCCGACCUCAGGACUGCAGCACUGAGGCUAGAGCCAGUCCAGAAAGGAAACCUGCUGCAGCACGUACUGCGCCACAGAUGGACUAUGCAUAAUAGGGGUGUGAAUGCCCUGCCUUAUCUCCACAAGCCAGAAUUGAAUACCACAGCUGUUGGGACAACGUGAGGCUUCAUGCCAACUAAGCAGCAGCAUCUCAAAUACCAGGUACUACUACUGAGCAAAACUCAAACUCUUUAAAUCUCUUACAAGGCCAUCAGUGCCUUGUUGAGUCUCUCCUGAUGCUCUGGUUGUACUAGGUGCUGCCUCCACAGCUUCAAGAGAACGUGUGGUGGACAUCUGCAAGGAAACAUGAAUGCUGGCAUCACCAACAAGAACACAAACUAUUUUACGUCCUGUAUGAAGUGUUCAGUGAGGUUCUUGUGCCACGGCUAUUACCGAUACUUCCCUCUAAGAACGUUGAUGAACUUCAACAUUAUCAAUUAGGGAACAGUUGCAUGGUAGAAGGAAGCUUCAUGGCCUUCAAGAUUAUUAUUUUUUUAUUUUCUAUUUGAACAAGAACUGGGUUACUGGAUCAUAGGAAUCUCCAUAAUGGGUUUUGAUGUGUACUUGCAAUGAUAUGAAGAUUUGACUUUUUCCAUGAGCAGGUGGACAUCCAAUAUGACCUUAAAGAAAUGUUUGUUUUGGUUAUCCCUUAUUCAUAAGAAGUAAUCUUCCCAAGAGCUUGUUGAUCUGCAGUCAAGAUUAAGUUCUGGAUCGCUAAAUAGAAGUGAUGUUAGAAAAAUAUGUGCUAUAGAUAAAUGACCUUUCUUGCAGUUCUAUGCUGUUUUCAGCAUUGGUAAAGCAAUAUCACAUUGACCAGCAAGUCAUUCCUCCUGUCCACAAGAUGGUGGCAUGUGACCAGACAUGUUAUCCCAGGCAUGUCCAAACUGCGGACCUCCAGCUGUUGCAAAACUACAACUCCCAGCAUGCCCUAAUAGCUGUAAGCUAUCCAGGCAUGCUGGGAGUUGUAGUUUUACAACAGCUGGAGGGCCGCAGUUUGGACAUGCCUGUGUUAUCCAGUCUCCUCCAUUGCUCUUGUGUUACAUUCCGACAUUCAGGAGCUGUACAGGUGCAUUGUAUUUCAGUUGAGGAGGCUGGAAGAUGCGUCUGGUCCCAUACCUCUCCUUUUGCAGCCAUCUUAAGAUAGGAGCGUGGUGCAGACACAGGGAAAGGCUUGCAGAACAAGAGGAUGUUGCUCAAGCACUACCAAAAACAUUGCAGAAAGAGUGUGAUGGUAAGUUCCACCUAAUUAUCUGCAUCACACAUUUCUUAGGCUACUUUCACACUAGCGUUUUGGCUUUCCGUUUGUGAGAUCCGUUUCAGGGCUCUCACAAGUGGUCCAAAACGGAUCAGUUUUGCCCUAAUGCAUUCUGAAUGGAAAAGGAUCCGCUCAGAAUGCAUCAGUUUGCGACUGCUGAAACCUUUACUGCUGAAACCUUUACUGCUGACAAGAAUGAGAGCCUUAUAUGAAUUGAGCAGCAGAUCAAGCAUGCUUCAUUCCUAGUCUGUUAUCUGGUGGAGAUAGAUGAGUGCUGUAGUCGGCUGUCUCGGCACCCUCUGAGGUGACUGGUGGAGCUGUGUGUAUGCGCGCGCUUGACCUGUCGCUACAUUCAUAAGGGGAACAGGACCUCUGUUUUUGUGAUAGAUUGGUGGGUGUCCAACUGCUGAAACCCCUCCACUAAACAGUUUGGGGAUAGGGGAUAACUUGUCUUAACAGAAAUACACCUUUAAGUGCUAUAGUUCAGGGGUUCUCAAGUACCGCUAUCAGGUUGUGAUUUUGAGGACCUCCCAUAGAGACAUCUGAUCCAACCAUUGUCAUAUCAUGACCUGUUCUGUACUAGGGAUGAACUAAAAGCAUGACCGGUUUGGGGGACUUCAGUUGGGAAUCACUGCUCUAGGUUACCAAAGAGUAGGUUCAUUUAUAAGCAGAUCACACAAGCUCAGAACUGUUUAACAUCUCUUAAAAUUCAGAUCCUUUUUACUAGAAAAUAUUUAUUUAAAAAGUGCUUCUAAUAAGCGGUUUGUUUCCAUGUAUGACUCCAUAAGCCUGUUAUGAAGCAAAAUGGGGAUGGGGUGCACAGAUGCCCGUUGCCUACAGUUCAGGCAGAACAAAAACUAGAAUGUAAACUUUUUUUUUUUAAAUAUAUAAAAGGGACUCCGCAGCCUAUCCUGCCUACAUUUUCUAUGCAGCUCCGUGCAAUCUUGGGUCGUGCUACCUGGAGUGUUUGCUCCAAUAUAAUUACAGACAAGUCCAGAAAACCAAUAAUUACUCUUACCGGUAAUUGUUUUUCUUGAAACCCAUGACGGCACCCAUGCGACUAGGACCUCCCAUCCAGGACAAGAAACCACGAAAGAUAAAAUAGUUCACACCCCCACCACACCUCAGUGAUUCUAAUAAACGGACCUCCAGAGGCGUGCCAACCACCAAGAAAAAGAAGGUUAAAAACAGAAACCAACACACAGUCGCAAAGGAGAGAACCAAUCUGGUAAGUUAUAUCCCUUUGUCUAGCCCUGCUUGCAAAAACUUUAGGAUCUUUGGUAUUUCGAGAGACUUACAGGAGUCUGGGCUGUGUCCUAAGAAGGCUGAAAAAACAUUCCAAACUUUGUUAUUUUAUAAUAAGUAGGAAUAAUUUUAUUCCUACUUCCUACUCUUCAGCAUAGUGCAAACUACAUUGGCGGGUAGUCCCCUUCUAGACCAAACUUCCCUUUCAAAAUCCACACCGAAAGAUGGAGAAUUUCUGGGUUGGCAUGGACUAGGGGAACCUGGUAAAGGAGAUCCUUCUUCAACGGAAGGGUCCAUAGAGGCUAGACUGGCGUACCAGGACCUCUUUGGCCACAUUGGAGCUAUCGGGAUAACCAAGGCCCCCUCUUUCUAUUUUCUUCAAUACCUGGGAAAUAAGGCAACAUGGAGGGAAGGCAUACCCUAAUUCCUGGCUCCAGUCCUGUGCUAACCCGUCUAUUGCUAACGGGCUGUCCGAAUAGUUGAGGGAGAAGAACCUCUCUACGUUUCUGUUGGCUCUUGAGGCAAAAAGGUUCACUGUGGGAAGACUGUACCUCUGGACUAUUAGCAAAAAAUGUCUUUUUAGACACCAUUCCCCUUUAUUAAGGAGACUUGACUUAUAAAGUCUGCUAUGACGUUCUCCUUCCCCUUCAGAUGCACUGCUGACAGAAAAAGCCUUCUCUCCUCCGCUAUAUGAAAGAUUUUCUGGCAUUGAAGUAAAAGGGAAGGGACUCUCGUUCCCCCUUGAAGGUUUAUGUAGGCCGCUGCUGUAAAAUUGUCAGAAUAAAAGACAAUCUUCUUGUGUUUUACCUCUGGUAUAGCCAACUUCAGUGCCAUCUCUGCUGCCUUUAACUCCUUGAAAUUGGGGGGUGCUUUUCUCGUGUUCAAGUCCCAUCUCCACUGCCAGCACCUGUUUUGGGAGUGGGCUCCCCAACCCCAAGGGCUGGCGUCUGUGGUAAUUAUAGCUGGGUCCAGAAACGUCCAUGGAACCCCUGUGGAUUCUCCGGAAUUGUCCACCACAACAGGGAGAGUCUUGUCUUUGAGGAAAGGUGGAAAUUCUGCUCCAAGGAAUAAGGAGAGCCGUCCCAUGAUUUUAAAAGGUUUGCCUGAAGCUCCCUGGAGGGGAUAUGUGCAUAAGGUACUGCUGAAUUCCUAAGAAAAUGCAAACCUGAGAAGGAAUCUGGUAUGAUAUUUUUUUUUUUUUUUAGUUUCUCUUUUGACUGAGAGACUAUUAGAUUUGGGAAUCUCGCCUGUCACUCUGCCUACCCCUUCUUUUAAAACUGGCCUGGGAUUUACGAAAAAGGAAGUUUUCUGAGGAACCCCCCCCCCUUUUUUUUUUUAAAUCUGAGGCCCACUCUAGGAUGUCAUCAAGUGAGGAACCAAACAGCCUAGAACCCUCACAUGGAAGAGAGCUGAGUCUAGACUUGGAACCCUGGUCCCCCUUCCACAAUUUAAGCCAGAUAGCCCAUCUAGCAGCAUUAAUCAUGGCAGCUGCUCUGGCAGAAAAACGGAUCGCAUUUGUAGAUGCGUCCUGCCAGGAAAUUAGCGGUUUUAGCAAAAGUAGGAGAGGGAACUUUCUCCUUUUAAUAUGAACCUCCCAGUUGAUCUAAGCAAAGCCUUAAGGACCUGGAAACCCAAAAGGCGGCAAUGGCCAGCCUAAGACUUGUUGAAGCAGACUCCCAAGCCUGUUUAAGAUAAACCUCUGCCUUUUUAUCUAGAUGAUCUCCUAAGCAGCCUAACUCAUCGAAAGGAAGAGACUAUUUUUAUUAAUUUUUUGGGGCUAUUUUAGCUACCGGGGCAUCUACUGUGGGGGCUCUGUCCCAGGUGCCCGCUACCGAACCCUCAAAAAAAUAUUUUCUUUUUACAGAAUUAGGAAUGAAACAUUUUCUAUCAGGAUUUUUCCAUUUAGUUUUUUCCGAUGAGGGCUUUCAUAUUUUUAUGAACUGGGAAAACUCUACGGCUUUUAGGGCCAAGCCCCUGAAAAACCGGGUCAGCAAUAGAUUUAGGCUGUUUUUAAAUCCUCUAAUUACACGGUGGCUUUAAGUAAAGGCUCUGUAUCUUCUGGUGGGAAAAAAAGCCCUGUGCUGAAUCCUCAUCUGAAGAGAAGAAAUCAUCUGAUAAGGCCUGGCUGGAUUCUCUCUCCUUGACCUCCCCAGAAAAAUCUAAAAAUCGGAGUCCUUAUUAUUGAUGGAUCUUUCAGGAGACCUUGGGAGACUUCAACCGAGUGCUUUAAUAGAAGAUUUAACUUCUGACUGUACCAAGGCCUUAAUAUUUUUAGAUAAGCUGUGAGACUCUGCCAUAGCCAGCUUAUCUGUACAAGCUUGACAUAGUGGUUUAAUGUAAGAGGCUGCUAAAGCUACUCUACAUCCUCCACAUUCUUUAUGAUUAGUCUUUCCGGAUAAUUUCUUUGGUGUUUUUGCUACCUAUAACAAUAAAGCAAAAAUAACACCCAAAAAUAAUUAGGAAAGGCUAAAUCUCACCUAUAGAGUCAAUCUUCCCCGCUCCUCAGGACCAAUACCGGGCUUGCAGGCCUCGAGGGCUCCAGGGGGUUGGUGCGUCCUGCAUCACCUGGUUCUGAAAUGCUGGUGGAAACCCAGAUCCUGCACAGCACUAUGUGCCACAAGGCUGGCUGCCUUCUCCUGCUGCCGAUUUGUAAAGCGCGCCUCGGCUCCUUUUAACCCCUAGGUCCAAAAAUGCCUAAACCAGUGAGGGAGGAUGCCGGCGCCCGGAAGGGACAUCAAUGAGCUGGAAGAGGUUGGCACGCAGAACGCAGGAUAAGCGCGCUGGUCAUCCUGCUGCAAUGGAUCGGGAGCUGCCUGAACACGGCCAAAGCGGCUCCCCACAGGCUUGGGAUGAGGCAGAAAGAAGAGCAGGCUCAGGCAGCGGCUCCCCAAGGAGACUGAGGCCGCCAGGGAUAGGUCCCUUUAUUGUAUAGAAGACCCGGACCUCCCGAGUUGAGAACCAAAAUCACGGCAGGAGUCAGAACUCCUCAGGUACCUCCUAUCUGGAGGACUGAAAACCUGAACUGAGGUGUGGGGGUGUUAACCAUUUUAUCUCUUCAGGUUUCCAGCCUAGUCGCAUGGGUGAGGGGAAAAGUCCUUCUAUUACAUGUCAAGUUCUGUGGACCUCUGUAACUAUUACAUACUGGUGACCAAGGGUUUCUAAGCUGCAGGCUUUAGGGUUAGUGGUCCUUCCCCAAGAACUGGUGCACCAAGUGAUUCCACCAGAAACGAUACAAGGCUGAUGGGUUAUGGCUGUGAAUGUUCACUGUCCUUCUCUAACCUUUGAAACCCCUGUAGAAGUGACUAGUGAGAGCUGUGCUUGCGCAGCCACCUUUUCAGUCACAGCUACUGCAAGACCCACACCUAUCAACUGUGGAUAUGCCAUACAUGUUUGGAUGGGAAUACACUUUUAAAGGCUUCAUACAGGAGGGCAUAUGGCAAGGCCCCAUCUUCAUCAGGGUUCAACUAACUGAACUUAGAGUACUAUAGAAUUGUAGUCACUGGAAUGGAGGUGGCCAGGGCUUGUCACUGAGAUAAGAACUAUAAGGGCUCAUGCACGUGACCACAUUUUUUUGCAGCGAGCACACUGACCCAUUCAUUUCUGUGGCUCCGCAAAUUAUAGAACAUGUCCUAUUCUUGUCCACUAUUAAUGGGAGUAAGAAAAUUACGGGGUGCAGACUACUCUAUGGAUCUGUUUGUGUACAUGAGGCCUUGCCUGCAGCCACAUUACAGCCAUCUAAAUGAGAAGACUUGUACUGUAUAACUUGUACAAGCAAUCUGCUGUGUUUUAAUUUUAUCCAGGGAAUGUUUUUCUCCAAGGAAAUUGACCCAUUGGGGCACAGCCAUCUGUCUCUCGGUCAGUAGUCCAAUGGAGUAUGCUAUUUGGCAGGGGAGAGUUAGUUCAGCAUUGAUAUUACGAAUGUAACACAGACACCCAUGCCGUUUUACUAAACCAGACUUAGCUCACACAAGGUUCUCUAGCCAUAGGACAUAAAAGCAGAUGUGAAACUGCUGCCGUGGUCUGCUUUAUCAGGUAUUACUAAGGCCACAUUCACACAGUCAGUGCUUUGCACCACUAUUUGUAAGUCAAAUCCAAGAGUGAAAAUGGUUUUGGCUUCCAAGUACUGAGGCUGCCAUAUAAAAGGGCUUUUUUUAUUCCAACACCUCUGCCUGUACCUUUUUUAUAUUUGUGGCGGGAUCCUAACAAGACUCUUCUAAUUCACAUGUAUCUAAUUAUGCAAAGGAAUUUGUGGGGUGGGGGAGUACCACUUCACGAUCCAAAGCUUUAUAAUGGCAUCAUUUGUUGCGGUGGAGGUGGCGCUCCCUACGGGAAAACCUGCCUGUGUGUAAGAUCACUCCACGACGAAAGAAUUUCUUCUAAAGCUUAUCUCAAACUUGGCACUUUUAAAAAUCCAAAUUUGCAGGAAACAGGGGAGCAUCAUUUUCAUGCAAUGAAUAAUACAAUUUUGCAUAAAGGUACAAUUUCUUCCUCCCCCAAAAAGCAUUUUACAAGAACAUAAUAGCAACUAACCACUGGAAAUUACAGCACUUAAAACAAGGCUUUUAGUUCUCUCACUCUUAGUUCUGCGCUGUUGAAUACGCAUUACCCAUGCAGGUAAACCAAUUUCUUCCUACGUAGCCACCAGUAAACUGGAGAGGACCAAUGUACUGGAAACUACAAGUGUGUGAAUAGCGGCUGCGGAGUAGUCUGAGCAUGGCCAUGCAUGUGGUUUCUGUCUAGCUGGGAUUUUUUUUAGUUCUAUAGACUUGCAUACAUUGAAGGUUAAUUCGUGUUGUUGUGUCUCUUAAAGUGUUACUGUUCUCUCCAGUGCCGACAAGUAAACGGCGUCCAAAUAAUCCCCUUAAGUCUACGUGUUUGCACUGCUCCUCUAAGCUGGGAGCUCUCACUGAUGUAAUGUUACAUUUCAUUUUUUUUAAAUUAAAUAUAAGUGUAAUUAAAAGUACAAGUUAGUACUACAUAUUUUCUGUGCCUUUCAUUGUGUGAGUGGCAACUGCAUGCAACAUUUUUUUUUUUAAAGGGUACCUGUAAUAAAAAAUAAAUAAAAUAUAUAUAUUACA